AUGGUAGAAAAAGAAGUACUCAUCACUGCUGACCCUAAAAAGGGUGUCAAGGUCAACUCUGGGAUUGUAGCCAAGCAAUUCCGGGAUGAGAUAAAAGCCAAGGUUUCCACGAUGACUGCGAACGGAGAGGACGCUCCGUUGCUGGUUGGUUUGUUGGCCAAUAAGGACCCUGCCGCCAAACAGUACGCGGAAUGGACUGGCAGGGCUUGUCGAAACGACGGACUUCGGUAUGAAUUGCGAACGGUAGACGAUCCCAUUGACGUGGAAGCCGCUCUCAUUGAUGCCAACGACGACCCCCGAGUCCACGGAAUCAUUGUCUAUUAUCCCAUUUUUGGACAAGAAGAAUCCUUUUCGGGUGCCAGUCAAGAUGACUAUUUGCGAGAUUCCGUAUCGCACAAGUGUGAUGUAGAAGGAUUGUGUCAUUUGUAUCGUACCAAUCUAUACAGAAAUGUCCGAUAUUUGGACUACCCCAUCAAUUCCCAAAAGUGUUUGUUGCCUUGUACCGCACUGAGCGUGGUCAAGAUUCUGGAAGCCUGUCCGGGUUGCUACGACACUACCAAAACGACGGGCAAGCAAUUGGACGGAAAAGUUAUCACUAUCAUCAACCGAAGUGAAAUUGUUGGACGUCCUUUGGCAGCCAUGUUGGCCAACGACGGCGCCAUUGUCUAUUCCGUCGAUAUCGAAAGCAUUUAUAAGUUCCAAGGAGGUCGUUUGAACAAGUGUGAGGAAACUCCGGAGUCUUGUGUUCGAAUGUCUUCUAUUGUUGUGACUGGUGUCCCCACCAAGGCAUAUCGCAUGCCCACUGAAUGGAUCCAACCGAAUACAACUGUCGUCAAUGUUGCCUCCUUUAAGAAUGUCGACGAAGAAGCCCUCUUGAAAGUCCCAGGAGUCGUCUAUGUUCCCAUGGUGGGAAAGGUCACUGUGGCCAUGUUGGAACGUAACUUGAUGCGUCUGUACGAACAAUUCCAUUCUCCUGAAUCCAAAGCAAAUCAACAAAAGACCUCGCAGUGGAAUUUGGGAUUGCACCUUUAUACGGCAGCCGCUGUGACCUUGUUGUUGGCUUUGCAAUUGAGACGACGAUAA